UACAGAGCUCCAUCUUUCUAUCCCAAGCUCAGAAAGAACCAGCAAAGGCAGUUGAUGGGGAAGCUUUUUAUUUUUAUUUUUAAAGGGACAGAACCGAUUUUUAACAAGCUUAAACGAACUGUUUCAACAUAAUUAGUCGUUCGGGAAGUUAUUGGACACGGGAAAGAUGAGGGUAAAGACUGUUAGGACAUGAAAAUAAGAGGAGGAAUCCUAAAGCCUCUCCUUUCGCUGUCUCUUGCUCUCAGCAACACUACCCUUUGCUAACGUUAGCUACCCUUUCCCUGUGUUUCUGCCUUGGCCCUGGUUGGAGACAUUUCAGUGGACAGGGCUCUCGGUUCAAAUAAAGCUAGCGAGAAGACAAACUUAGUUGUUUUUCGGAUCAUGUUUUAUCAUCCCAUACAACUAAGAAAUCAUUAAGGGAGCAUGAGGACACCCCAUAAUAAGCCAUCAUAGGGCACUGCAUAGUGUUGACCCCAGCCCCCCCUACACCCUCAAUGGGUUCCCUAGGAGAGUCCACCUCAACUAGCUCGGGUUAAAACAAAAUGUCGAAGCACCCUCUCGUCUGACCAGCAGCCCGUUGUGCUGAAGGGUCCCUUUAAGGACAGUCAUCCCACCCCCCUCCCCCCAAUCCACCCCAUCUCCACAUCCCCCAGUCCUAAGCCCUGCCCCCUACUCCGCCCUCCGCCCCCGACCAACCUUUCGGCCUAAACUAUGUUCUUGUAUGAACUGCCUCCCUGUAUCUGUGUGGUUCCCUGUUCUAUGAAGCGCUCUCUUUGUGUGACAUUCUGAGGAACUGCUUCAGCCUCCAUGGCUGUGGAUGCCCGAGUCAGUUGUGGGAACUUCUGCCGGCACUCAGCGAAGUCAUGAAACAACGGCAGCAGGGCGGUCAGCUUCGCCCGUGAGUCUGGCCUCAAACACCCCCCCAACUCCCUCCCCAAACCCCCCCUCACCUCACCCCCGUGUGUUGUCUCUACGUUGACGACACUUGCGUAUUUUUGUGUCAAGGGGCAGAGAAAGCAUAGUUGUGUCUAGUGCGCAAGCCUCCCCGGGUUGCCCCUGCUACCACACGCCACCUCUGCCACUGCCGCCACCUCUUCCCGAAGAAGACAAAGAUGAUAAUAAGUCGUCCGAGGACACUGAAGGACGUGUGAUCUCUCCCGAGGAGUCAUUUGCUAAAUCCCCAGAACAAUGAAUGGAGGGAAAGAGUGCGACGGAGGGGAGAUGGAGGGGCAGCCAAGCCUGGCUCAGGUGCCCAUUGGCUGGAAGCGCAAGGUGGAUCCCACCGGGGUCCUUUAUAUAAGUCCCAGUGGCUCUGUGCUGUCUAGCCUGGAGCAGGUGAAGUCCUACCUGCUGACGGAUGGGACCUGUAAAUGUGGUUUGGAGUGUCCCCUUAUCCUCCCUAAGGUCUUCAACUUUGACCCUGGGGCUGCGGUGAAGCAGAGGACAGCGGAGGAUGUGAAGGCCGAUGAGGAUGUCACUAAGCUCUGCAUACAUAAGAGGAAGCUCAUCGCCGUGGCUACUCUGCAUAAAAGCAUGGAGAUGCCUCAUCCCCCGUUAGGCCUGACUAGUCCAGGAGGGGCUACAGGACCUGCAGCAGGGGGCGCUACACGUUCUGCAACCCCAAGAGCAAUAAGGAAUAAGUCCCACGAGGGCCUGUCCGGGCCAGGCCAGGCGCCCGACUGCAAAAACCCUUUCAAGAUGAUGAUGGCGGCAGGUGCUCGGCCGUACCCGCACCCACACCCCCAAGACAUGAGUGCAGUCCACCACCACCAACUGCAACUACAACUCCAACACCAGCAGCAGCAGCAGCAGGAGCUGUAUGCUGGUUACCAGAGGCAGAGGCUGGCGAGCGGCGAACCGGGGCCCAAGUCGCCCUACCGGGCUGGGGGCCACCACCAUGCCGGCAUGCUCAGCCCGACCUCCAGCGGCUCGCAGGUGUAUGGAGACAGCCCACUGUCCCCAAGGACUGAUCCCCUGGGCAGCCCGGACGCCUUUGCCCGGGCGGGGGCCAACCCUUGUGCUUUCCAGGGGGGCAGCAGCCCCAUCCCCAUCCACGGGGGGAACAGCCGGACGCCCCUGUCGCCGCCGGGAGUCAUGCUCCACGGCUCGCCCGCUUCGCAGGCGUCCUGCGUCAUGGCGGGAAGGACUAACACACCCCUCUCACCCCCUAAUGUCAACAAGAGCCCCAUCAUGAAGAAACCCAUGUGCAACUUCCCCCCUGGCAUGGACAUGCCUCGAGCAGUAUUUCACCAUGGGAAGGGCCAGCCCGCGCCCCACCCUCCCCCCACACCCCCUGCCAUGCCCUCGGCCUGCAUCCUCCAGAAGAAGCCGCUGAGCUCCGAGAAGGACCCCCUGGGGAUCUUGGACCCCAUCCCAAGCAAGCCGGUCAAUCCCAACCCCAUGGCCAACCCCAACUCCGGCUUCCCUCCUGGCGUCCACUCUCAGGUACCAAUGAUGAAUGUAAACAUCCCUCCUGCCAUCGUCCCAUUGCCGAGCAACCUCCCAUUGCCCACGGUGAAGCCCGGGCCGGUCGGCCACGGCGGCCACCUGCAGAGGACUCAGCCAACGUCGGCGGCGGCCACCUCCAUCUCCCCGUCCCCCGUCACCUCCCCGGUGCACAUGGCCGCUCCUCCGCCGCACGGCCGCCUGGAAUCGUCGCCACAGCGCUCUCGCUCAUCCUCCACCUCGUCCGACCACGGGAGCUUCGCCAUGCCCUCGGGGCCCCAGGUGCCCUGUGGCAGCAUAAAGGUCCCUCCUCGCUCACCCAGGUCCUCUCUGGGCUCCCCCCGGCCAGCCAUGCCUUCCAGCCCUUCCUCGGCCAAGCCGGACGCUCUGCACCAAUACAAAGACAUGCCCAACCAGCUGCUGGCAGGCAUGGGCAAUUCCCUUGGCGCCCAGCACAACCCCAUGUUCCCCCCUCCCACCUCAGUGGCCAGUGCUAGUUGUGGUACAAGUGGUGGCAGUGGCGGAAGUGGUGCAGCUGGUGGUAGUGGUGGGGGUAACACCCAGAAGAACCACCCAGGCCUUCUGGGAAUGCCCCUCAACCAGAUCCUCAACCAGCAUAACGCAGCCUCCUUCCCAGCCAGUAGCCUUCUGUCAGCGGCAGCCAAAGCACAGCUAGCGAAUCAAAACAAAAUGGGUGGCGGCAGUGGAGGUGGGGCGGGCAUGGGCAGCAAUGGCGGUGGUGCAGGCGGAGGUACGGGUGGCGGCGGUGGGCAUCCUUGCGGCAAGGGAGUGGAUGGGCACAGCACUUUAAACCCAAUGCUCCCCCCUCCCAACUCGGCCAUGCUGCUCAACUCCGUGGGCGGUGAGAGCGGGCAGAGUGGCCGCGCCGCCCUGAGAGACAAGCUGAUGGCGCAGCAAAGGGACCCACUCCGCAAGCGCAAGCAGCCCGGCGGUGGUGGUGGUGGUAGCGGUGGCGGCAGCAGCAGCGCCGGGUCCAGUCACCACGACAGCAUGGUCUUCAGCAUGCUCAAGCCCGAGAUGGCCGGCCACCCACGCAUGCCCAGUGGCCCCCCUCCCCCGCCUGAGCAGAUGAGGAAAGCGCCGUCGCGGCUCACUGGCUUGCCCCCUAACACCUCCAUGGCCCAGCUGCUCCAGUCCAUGAGCUCCCAGAACUCGCACAUGGUCCAGAACGUCAGGAUGGGCCCCGGGCCUGGCUUAGGACCUGGACCUGGACCCGGACCGGCUCAGAUGCACUUUGGCGACGGGGUGAUGUCGGGCGGGCCAGGCCACCAGAACCUGCAGGCACAGCAGAGGCUCCAUGGCCCGGGUGACGGCAUGCGCUGCCCCAGCAUGAGUGUCCCGGGCCAGGGCCCCCAGAUGCCCUACGGUGGCGGGAUGAUGAACCAGAUCCAAGCCUCGGCUAUGGGGGGCGGCGGCGGCCCCAUGGGGCAAGGCGGCCAGCACCCCAUGAAUAACCCUUCAAUGAACCACCUGAGCGCUCACCCACAGCAACUGUCUUACCUACAGCAUCAACAGCAGCAGCAGCAGCAACAGGGACAUCCCCUCAGCCAUGGACGUGCAAAUGUCUCAGGGAUGAUGCUAAGCAGCAACGAUGGAAGCUGUGGCCAGGCCAUCUCUGAGCCAGGUGACGGGUCAUCUAUGAACUGCAUGCCCAACCCCCAGAUGAGUGGCCUGCAGGCUCACGUCAACACCUCCAGCCACAUGUACCCUCCACAGGCCACGCUCCAGCAGCAGCAUGCCCAGCAGCAGUCUCUCCACCCUGGGCUGCAGAGCAUGCACGGGGGCCCCCCCGCCUUCCAGGGCCAGCACGUGUACCAGGAGAACCUCUACAUGGACGGCUCCUCAUCCAACUCCAUGGCUUGCCUUUACCAGAACUAUCAGCAGCCCCACCCCCAGAUGAGCUCUCAGCCCCUCAGCUCUCUCCCUGAGGAGGACCCUGGGAUGCAGCACUCUCUGCAGCAGCAGUACCAGGCUGCCCAUCACCACCACCAACAGCAGCAGCAACAUCUACAACACCAACAACAACAGCAGCACCACCAACAACAACAACAACAACAACAGCACCACCAACAGCAACACCACCAUCAGCAGGCGCUGAGAGACAUGAAGGCUCAGAACCACGAGUCCAUGAGUUCCACUGGGACAAGCGGUGGUGGUGGUAAUGGCGGUCCGGAGUCGGUAGACGCCAUCUACCGAGCGGUGGUGGACGCGGCCAGCAAGGGCGUGCACGUAACCAUCACCACGGCGACGGCGGGCGGCGGCACGCAGGCCAGCCCCGUGACUGUGCUGAGCGCCAUGAGUGCAUUCACCGCCUCUAUCGGCGAGCCACACGGGCCCGCGGGCCUCCAGCAGCACCACCCCGGCAACGUCAACGCUGCCGCCGCAGCCGCCAUGCACGGCCAGCAGGGGGAGCCCUCCGUCACUGCCAACCCCACCGCACGAGGCCCCGGCGCUCGGCAACCCCGGCCCGGCCGUCCGCGCAAGAACUCGGAGCAGGGUCGGAGUCCCCCUGAGGCGGCCGACGUGGUGCCCCACGAGUACUUCCGUUCUCCGUCGGGCGGUAGCGGGGGCGGCGGAACUCCCAGAGGCCAGUGGGAUGGGCUGGACACGGUCGGACAGACGCAGUGGCAGGGAGGAGGAGGAGGAGGAGGAGGGGCGGGGGAGGAGUUCUUAGAGUGCUCCACUCACGUACGCAGCAGCCCUGCCCAGCCGCCCUCAACCAUUGCUGAUGGCGGGCCUCACGACGUGGGUCUCCAAUCGGACCGGUCGUCCGCCUCUUACUUGGAAGAGAGCUUCCGCUUCAGCGGAGGAGGAGGUGGUCAACGCACGCCAAUCAACUUCAAGGAGCGCCUGGAGCAGACGGUGGAGCGCUGCGCUCACAUGAACGGCGGCGGUCCCCCGGUCCCGACCGGUCGCGUCGUCUACAGCGACCCGCUCGGCCCCCCGCGCCACGAGCUGACGGGGGACGACCAGUCGCCCAGCUCCUCCACCAGCCUCGAGGGUCCCCUGGCCAAGGACUACGGGCACUACAACGGGCACUACAACGGGCACUGCGCGCCCAGCCCGUCGGACACACGCAGCCUGAGCAGCGAGGAGGAGCUGCGCCACCCGGACUCUCCGGCUCCGGAACUGCUGCACUACCGCCAGCGGGCCUUCAGCAUGGGCGAGCUGGUCUGGAGCCAGAUCAAGGGCUUCCCGCCGUGGCCCGCUAAGCUGGCGGGGGCUGAAGAGCAGCUGCACAAGCCCACCAUGCAGAUGUCCGAGCCGGGCAAGGUGGAACCUGAGAAACUAAAAACACUAACGCAAGACCUGGAAGCUUUGGAGAGGGUUGCCAAGAUGAAUAGAAAAUCUGGGAAGCUGAAUAAUCAUUUGGAAGCUGCUAUCCAGGAGGCCAUGAGUGAGCUGGACAAGAUAAGCACUGUUCAUCAGAUCCCGACGCGAGACCGCCAGGUCCGACUGCCCAAACCGAAGCGGAGGAAGAUCUCCAGAUAACAUUGAGUCCUGUGGGGUAGCAGUCAAUGCGGUAUCCAGCCUCAAAGGGGGUUGUGUUUAACACACACAAACACACAUACACACACACACACACACACACACUCAGUCACACACACUCUCAUUCACACACACACACAUCCCCUCUCCAUCCUCCCCUUCCCCCUUUAGGUGCUACGACCCACAGUGGUGCAGUGGUCUCCCGAAUCCUUCUCUCUCUGACUGACUGACAGUGAAGGUGCUGGAUAAGCCAAUCAGAAAACUGCAAAGAAAAAGGUUUUUGGGAGGAGAGGGGGGGGGGGGGGGGACACACUCAAAAUGGUUGCAAUUUGUCUACAGCUCGCUGAAGAACUAUUUUUUGUAGAACACAAGAUGAUGACAAAAACUUGAAAAAAAAAAUACAAAAAAUGAAAAAAUAUUGCAUUUAAGAAAAAUAGACAGUCCAAAUAUUUCUGAUACAUUUUCAAUAUGUAUAUAGAAAACAGAAAAUUUCAUGGUGAAAUUCAGAGAAGAAAAAAGCAAAACUGUAAAUACUGUACAAUAAUGCCAUGUACAAGCAGACUUAAUGCACACUCUAUCUUUUAUUGUACAAAAGAAAAACAAGAAAACUCUCAAACCAAGCAGAGGUGUACCAAUGUCUUUGGUUUUUAUUCAGCACGUGGGCAAUAUGGCCACGUUUGCAAGAGAACGGACUGAAGAAGAAAACAGAAGACAGCCUACAGCUUUUAUAUGAUCAUGACAUAGAAAAAUGCGCUGUUUGUUGUUUUGUUUGUUUAUUUGUUUGUUCAUUGCAGUUUGUUUUUUGUUAUUUUUGUCCCUAAUCAAGCAAGAGUGGGAGGAGUUAGCCUGCUUACCCCUACUCCCCAGUGUAUGGCCGACCCCUCUCACUCACACACACUAAUGCGUGUUCAUAUGUGUCCGAGUCCAAACAGAAUGAACUUUACCAGCUGUGCCAGGUCCUCAGAGAGGGCCUGAUCCGACAGCACUCACACUUCUGUGCUGCUGCAAGGUCCCUGCACCACAAUAAACCCAUAUAAGAGGAACUUUAGAAAAUACACUCAAAAUUGUUGAAAUCAUCACCAAAAGUGGCCCCACACACAGACACAACUUUAAAAGCCUGACUGUAUGCCUAUUAAUUAGCUGAAAUUAAGUUGUGCUAUUUAUCACUACAAAUACCAAUUGCCAUUGAUUGAUUGAUUUAAUAAUGGCCUAUUACUUUGGUAUCAGCUUGACUUUCCUUCGCGUGUAAAACACUCAGUCAGAUUCCCUGUAGGACCUUGUUGCACCGCUCAGAAAGUGCUGUAUGAUGUCACCAGCUGGUUCUAUAUCAGCAAGGUGGAGGAUAUUUUGUCUGCAUUUAGGGGCCUUAUAAUUUUUGUCUUUUUGUUGUAAAUUAUUUAUGUACAGUAUUCUGAUAUUUAUUUGAAUCACACAUUUAGAGUUGGCAAUAAUACAACCCGAGAGUUUGAAUACUCCGAGAAAGCCUUAUACAUGUAUGUACAAAGCAUAUAUAUAGAUAUAUAGAUAUAUAUAUCUCUUGCACAGAGAGGAACAAACUUUGUAUUCAGUAUUAUUCACUUUUAGCUGUUAACAGAAUAUCUCUAUAUAUUAUUUUCCGUUUUAUUUAAAGUGUUUAAUGGGUGCAGUUGUCAUAUUGCGUUGCGCAGUUUUCAGCACUGUUACUUCGUGUCAUGGUAGUCUUGUGGCAACUCAAGUGCAAAAACAAAUUUGUUGCUUCCCGUUGACAAAACUGUCUCCAGUAACCGGUCUCGCGUUUGUCUCAGGAAGACCAGUCAUCGGGGCUACAUUUCACAGACCAACCCUAUCCUCACAGAGCUGUAUUCUUUAGGUUGUGGGUGCGUGUCUUCACCUGUGUGGCUGUGUUACGUGUGAGAGUACAGUACUUCUACUUUUCUUUUUUUUUGAAAGAAAUAUAUAAUAUACAUAUGUCAACCAGUCAGUAUCCUAUUAGUAAAUAUACCGAUCAGUUCCCUGGCAGAAACUGAGAAUGGUAUGUUAGUGGGAUGUUUGUACUGUACGUUGCUUUGAGACGUAAGCCCAGCUCACUCUUUGGCUGAAACGGUCCCUGGGCACUGACCGCAGCCAAGAGUUUUAUUAGAAACACUACGCUUUUCAUUUCAAACCAUACAUCCAUGUAGUGUGUACUAGACUAUACGGAUGCAGAUGCGUUAGUCACAAGGUGAGGAUCUUAAAUUCAGAGAUUUGGAAUCUUAAUUUUUUUUAUUUCUAACUACAAAAAAACAUCAACUUUGUGUGAUUAAUGUUUAUGAAAAAAACUUUUUUUCAACAAAUGCUGCUAUCAAACCAGCUUUGCAUUCAUCUUGUGACUGAUGCAUCUGCCAAUCUCAGUUAUUGAAGCUCUGGACCUUUUAAGACUUUUAAGAUGAAGUACUUGUCCAAGGAUGUGUGCACUUGUGUGUCAGAGGUGGAUAAUGAGGGAAAAGUCAGUAUAUAGCAACACUAGCAUUAAAUAGUCACUGACGUGUUGACUUGUUAAAACUAAGCAGACACUACGAGAUGGGUCAUAACUGUCAAAAUGAAAAUAACCAUAGCAUAGUAGAGAAACUUUACAACUUAAUGUGUCUUGAAAUGGAGUGUUUUAUUUCUUUCUUAUUUUUGUUUUUCCUAAGCAUGUCCUCAUGGUGCCACAUAAAACUAGUCACUACUAAAAUGUCAAGUGCAAUAUAACGUAAUGUAACGUAUCUCAGUCAUGUUGGUAUACUAUCAGAAUAUUUGUAGCCUCUUUUAGUUACAAUAUUGCUGUGUUCUGUUUUUCUUCUGUUUUGUUACACACCAAUGUAUUCAAAUUUAAGCAGACUACAAUAUCCUCCAACCAUGCUUGAUAUGUACAGAGUUUAAGGAGAACUUGACCCAAGCUUAUAUUAACAGUCCUUCGGCACUGUAUACUACUUACGUUAGAAUAUGCUGGUCCAGGAUGUAUUGGGUUCUGUUUAUGGUGUUGUCCUGACAGUCUUACUAGCAAAAGGCUCUUAAUAGGCUCAGCGGCCAAUCAAAAACACCUUUCCAUUCUAUGUUCCUGGAGCAAUGUUGGUGCAGGAGAGACCCCUAGUGGUGAUUGGCGUAAAUAGCCGGGGCCACAAAUACCAAGGAACCACAGGAAUGCCAGUUUCUUUGAGCACACACAACAAGUAUGCAGUGCCGAGGACGCCUAAUGCUGAGUGAGGUCUGCCCAGCAAAGGUGUACCUUAUGAAAGUCAUCAAUUCUGGUGGUAAAGUUCAUUCUGUGGUAUGUGCAAUGACAUGGAGACUAACAGUCCCAUGUACAACUCCCCCCACCCCCCCCCCCCCCCCUUGUGUGGAAGUUCUGGUCUGUUUCAUACAGUACAUGUUCGUUUUUGGUGUUGAUGUUUUUGUUGAUAUGUCUUUUCAAAUUCUAUUUUUUGUUAGAAGUCAAAAAACAUUCAGAAUGGUUAACUUUUGUCCAUAUGUGUUCCCUAAUGAGUGUAUGUGUGUGUUUGUAUGCUGGGAGGUUUCUUUCAUUUUUAAAUGAUUGUAAGCUUGUGUGUGAGUGAGUGAGUAUUUUUCUGUUUUCUCUUUUUUGCUUGCUCCGUUUGUCCAAUUGGUAUGACCAACCGCUUCUCUUUUCUUUUUCAGUGUUGCUGCUUUCCAACAUGUAACUAAGUAUAUAUUUUUCUCACCAAUAUAUACUUUACAGCCGUAGACUUCGUAAAGUAUGUUGUGCACUUGAUUUCAUUUGUUGCCGAUAGCAUUGAUGUGGGUGUUUAGAAAUAGUUUGUUGAAGUCCAUAAUUUCUAAUUGUUUCAGUUUUGCUUUUCUGUUUUUGUUUGUUUGUUUUGUUUUUUUAGAUUUGUAUGAUUUCUUGUAAGCAGCGAGUUUGUUUUUUGUAAAUAUUGUGAACCUUACAGGACAUGCAGUGAUGUAACAUUGAAAUAAUGUUGCACCGAUGUUUCAAUUAAAAACUGGUCACUCAUACUUGAAAAUAGUUGUGGAGGCCUUUUGGGUACAUUUCCGUUAUAUUGUUUGUGUUAAAGAUAUCAUCAUAUAACUGAUAUCCCCUUUCAACUUCCAAAAGUAACAUACUGUUGCCAACUUCAUGAUAUCUUUUUUGUUUUUGGGGAUGAUGAGGAUGCACCUCGCUGCAAUAAAAUAUUUAUAAAUGCA